AUGGGUGGUUUUGAGCAGAAUGAGAGCGCCGAAUCGCAUCUGGCAAAGGCAUUUAAAGACAUAGCUAGAGGCGAACAAACAGCCGAAGCUAUUGAGAACCAUCUUACUCGCAUAGAGCAGGAAAUAGAUCGUCUCCUUGGAUCUGUUGAAGCAGCAAAGGAGGGUACGGAAGCAGUAACCAAAGAUGAUAAGGGAAAUGGGGAGGCGGAGGGCGUGAAAAGCGCUGAUAAAUGUGACGAGAAGGAGCAACAAAAAUAA